AUGGCCAGUAUGAUCCAAAAUUUAAAGCCUGGUUUUGAGUCUUGCAUUACCUUAUUUCAAAAAACUGCCAAAGUUCUUAUCGGAAGGAUAAAAAUGAGCAGCAACUUCACUACAAGCAUUCCGUCAAACAUCACAGAUGUAGGCAAUGACACGUUGUAUAAUUUUAACGCUACUUUCACAAGUGAAGACAGUGAUGUACUUUAUGAAAACGUCGUUGAGAUAUGCGUUUCAUUUCUAUUAGUGUGCUGUCUUUUAGCUAUGUGUGUAAAUACUUUAGUCAUUGUUAGUGUCUAUUGGAUCAGAAAUCCCAUGACCCCAAAUCUAAAGAUCAGCUUGAGCCUGGCCGUGGCUGACGCUUUGAGUUCCAGCAUGACUGGUCUAAUUUUGCUUAUGGAGAUAAUUAGUUCUUCAUAUUUAGGAGUAUUUCCUUGUAUAGUUGAGCUUGUACGCCUAAGCGGGAUUGUUAUUACUGUAUUGCAUCUUUUGGCGUUAAGCUUUAAUCAUUAUAUUGGCAUAAUGAAACCUCUCCAUUACAAUGUGAUUGUCACCAAGAGAAAGGUUACCGUUGUAAUAGCUUUCCUUUGGAUAUGUCCUGUAAUCUUACUAGUGGCGCUAUCAACACUAGAAAACAAGGGUAAGCUAAUACAAAGUAUACACGACAACACCUGCAACAUCCAAAUAUUUUCUACAUUUGCUGUCAGAUUAAGCUAUAGCGUUUUAUACUUUUUCCCCAUAUUACUAAUGGUUACCUGCUACACGCACAUCUUAAUCACAGUACGAAACCAGCAAAAUAAAUGGAAAGCAGUAUCUAGAUCUGGAAGUUCUAAAUCGAGAGGACGGAGUAUCCAACCUAAUAAUACCAGUCAAAAGGCCAUCAGAGAACAAGCAAGGUUGCAAGGAAAUAUCAAAGCUGUAUAUACCACGCUAUUUAUAUUGGGUUCCUGUUUCGUUGGUUGGGUACCUGCACUUUUGUUUUAUAUUCUCACCUGUGAAGAUUGUCCUAUAAGUGGGCCCACUCUACUAAAACUUAAUACUAAAUACAAAUAUGAAGUACUGUCAGUUCGUUUAAUGGAAAAUACACUCAUUAUUAUGAAGAUGUUUGCCAAUCCCAUUAUCUAUACAAUCAGGAUAAAGGAAAUUAAAGAUAGCACCCACAGAAUGUACCUUGCUAUAGUUGGACUGUUCUGCCCAAGUCGACGGAACAACAAUUCCUACGGAUUGGCAUACCAACCAUCACGGAAACAACACAGUGUUGUCACGUCUCAAAUACGCAUGAACUCUUUUCGUACUUCAACAGAAACUCAAGUUAUUUGA